AUGGCGCUCAAAUAUUUCCUCCUGCUUUCCGCCCUGGCGAUGGCAAGCCACCCACCAGCGCGAGUGCAAUCGAACACAAGCGGCAUAGCCACGCAGGACUUCACCCAAAAGGUGAACCACACAGUUGAUUCGGGCUCCGCGACCUUCAAGCAGCGAUAUCAGCUUGUCACGCAAUAUUUUGAACCCGGCGGCCCCAUCCUUUUCAUACAGAGCGCCGAGGCCGGGAUGCCGGUGAUCAACGCCACCGAUUUCAUCGAUUAUGCGCCGAAGCUCGGGGCACUUGUCGCCAUGCUGGAGCAUCGUUUCUUUGGUGAUCUGCGCGGCGGUAGCUACCCGGCCGGAUACGAUCCAAUGAAUAUUUCGAAUGAGUCGCUUACUUCGUUGACGUUGGAUAACGUGCUCCAGGACGGUGUUGAUUUCGUCAAUUGGAUCAAGAAGACGGUAUUAGGGGCCUCGGACAGUAAGGUAAUAUAUGGGGGAUCUUCGUACGGCGGAUUUCUGGCCGUCUCUGCGCGUAUCCGUUAUCCGAAUACAUUUUAUGGCGCCAUCGCCUCCUCGCCUGCACUAAACUCGUUUGGUCCCCUUAGUUCUAACCGGUACAAGUUCGAAUCGGCGAAAUGGGCAAGCGAGGUCUACGAGGAAUACGGGAACGCAGCUAGCAAGAUCAAGACGUCUAUGCUUGCAUUCAAGAAGUGUAUUGCAGGUAGGAGAAAGCUUGCUCUUGUGAUCGACCCGCAUUUUAGUAAGCUGACUGACGAGAAAGACAAUACCUGUGACACGACGAUCCCCGAUCUUGACGUAUGCAAGAACUCUACAUCACUAGGUUACGAAAGGCUGUACAAUGCGGCGCUUAAUACUUAUCUUGCGAUUUCCAAGUACAAUUACCCGUGGAUUGAGAAAUAUCCGACGGCGGACCCUUUCUCGGACUUAAUCGAUAAGACUAUCCAAGCAAAAACAGCAGGCGAGGUCUUGCGCAUUCCUCUUCUUGCCACCUCGUGGGCCAAUGAAUCAGCAUGCAUCAAUGCUUUCAAUGGCAAUAUAUCCAGGGCUAGCAAUGGGAAUUUGGCGAGUAACCAACCGGCAUUUGGCUAUAUCGUCUGCGACUACUAUCCCAUUAAUGAUAGAUCGAUCCCAGCGGACAACGUCUUACCAGAGACGUACGCCCGCGGUAACGUGGAUAUCUGCACCAACCCCGACUGGAAGGCUGUUGAUUACGGUCGAGAAAAUGAGUACUUCCUACAGAAAUACGCGAUGACGAAUGACUUCCUUGACACGACAGACAAGCUUCUCAUCGUCCAAGGCAGCUAUGAUCGCACGGCGGCGAUCGGGUCACCGAUUUUGACUGUUACGGAAAUGCUCAACCACUCUCGAGUGAUACUAGUAAAUGGCGCGGCGCACGCUGAGGACUCGGUCUCGGAAGCUGUCGAACCGCGCGGUUUAAAGCCGCAAUUGGAUCAGAUCCGGGAUGUCAAGCUAGAGCACCUUAAAGAAUGGCUUGGUAAGGGCAACCAAACGAAGGACUCGUCCGCGACGGUACUUCCGCCACCUUGUCCUAUAUCAUUCUUUAAUUUUAUUGUACUCGUUAUGAUGUUCUUGUUCUGA